GCCAACCGCAUUGCCUCAGGGUCACGAGCGAACGCGGACGUGUUAUAGGUCAGUCACGUGACUCAUUCAUUGCCGGCUCGGGCUCUGCCGCUGACCCAAGAUGGAGGAGUACGCGCGCGAGCCUUGCCCCUGGCGGAUAGUGGAUGACUGUGGUGGUGCCUUCACAAUGGGAGCCAUAGGUGGUGGAAUCUUCCAGGCUAUCAAAGGAUUCAGAAAUUCCCCAGUAGGUGUAAACCACCGGCUGCGGGGAAGUUUGACAUCUAUUAAAACCAGAGCACCACAAUUGGGAGGUAGCUUUGCAGUCUGGGGUGGUCUCUUUUCCAUGAUUGACUGUAGUAUGGUGAAAAUGAGGGGUAAAGAAGAUCCAUGGAACUCAAUCACAAGUGGUGCCUUAACUGGAGCCAUAUUGGCCUCGAGAAAUGGACCAGUUGCCAUGGUUGGGUCAGCUGCUAUGGGAGGAAUACUUCUAGCUUUAAUUGAAGGAGCUGGUAUCCUAUUAACAAGAUUUGCCUCCACACAAUUUCCAAAUGGCCCUCAAUUUUCAGAUGAUCCCUCCCAGUUGCAGCCCUCCCCAUUUGGAGAUUAUAGGCAAUAUCAAUGAUUACAUUGUUCUACUGUUUCAUAUUGUACAUGUGAGCUGUCAUUUAUAAAGUGCUGGAAAACCAAGAUACAGAAAAUUGGAAGUGUAUGGUAGACCUCUUUGUGCAAACUAUGGCAAGAGGACACUUAGCACUUUUUCAUUGUAAAGAUGCACAAGAGAACUUUUAGAAGAUCAUAAAUAUAUUUAUUCAUCAUAGGAUUCCAUUGUUGUAAAGUUGAUAUGUCUGACAUAACACAUUAAUGCUUAAGAUGAGGAUCAAACAGAAACUGUACUACUUUUGGAUAUGGAAUGAAAUGAAUUUCCUUGGGGACUUCUCUGAAGUGUGGUAUGAACAAGGGUGCAAUUUAGUCACGGAAUCUGUGACUUCAGCCAGCGCUGGCCGGAAGCUGCAGGGUCCCUUGCUGCCUGUGGAGGCCGGGAGAUGCAGGAGGCCCCUGUAGCUUCUGGCCACGGCGGGCGGCACAGCGGAUCCCCGCCGCUGCAGUGGCAGGGGGAACCCCUGGAGCUUCCGGCUGUUGUGGGCAACUGGGGAAAACCCUGGCGGCUUGGAGCCACCAGUGGAAGGGGACCCUGGAGCUCCCAGCCCAUGUGCAGAUGCCUAGGCUCCCAAUUUCGUCAUGGAUGUUUUUAGUAAAAGUCAGGGACAGGUCAUGGGCUUCUGUGAUUUUUUUUUUUAUCAUUAUUAUUAUUAUUUUAUUAUUGCCCAUGACCUGUUCCUGACUUUUACUAAAAAUAUCUGUGACAAGAUCUUAGCCUUAGUUAAUCUUAAACCAUUAUUUAACCAUUAACAAUAGAACUUAUCCUCUCUCUUCACAAUCAGUAUCACAUGUAGGUCACAAUACUGAGCAUUUCAGUUCAUUUUAAGAAAAUUCAUUCAUCUACAUGAGUUCCAAUCAACACUCCUGAGGUGAAUUUUGGGGAGGAUAUUGUGUGUUGAGCCAAUGAAGAGUAAUAUAUUUUUGUAACUCUCCUUUGUGCUGCAUAAAGUAUUUCUUUCCACACAAAUUAAAGCCCAAUUGUAAGUAAAAUAUCUUGCUUAUAAAAGGUGCCUGUUCCAGAAUUCUUUUUCCUAGAGGGCUACUGUGCCUUGAUUCCUGACCUUUCUCUUAGUGUUACUGGUGUGUAAUGCUCAAAAUACUUCAGAAGAAGAGUUCUGUAUUGAUGAGUGUCAUUUGCAUUCAUAAAAAGUUACUGAUUUCCUCAGGUGCAGUUGGAAAGAAAAUAUUUUUCUUGUUUUUUUUUUAACAUGAGCCAGGUAUUAAUUUAAGCAGAACUUCAGUGAUUUCCAUGCUUUUAUAAUGCAUAAAAAUGUUUGCCUUACUCCACUGCUCAAAGAUGUGAUGACAGUAUGAGACCUCAAGGACUUCAUUAUUUUUACAAAACUGUUUUACCAUACUAGUAUAUGAAAUAGCAUAAUAAAUAAUUAAAAUGACACUACAUCUGUGUGUUGGCGGGGAUGAGCAACUCAAUUUUGUGAUGCAGUAUCCUUGGUUUUUGAAACUUUAGGUACUAAUGUUUUAAAUGUAGCUUUCACACUGGGUCUCUUUCUGUCAUUAAUGGGAAUUAGUGAGGUUUGGCUGUAGCUUAUAGCUCAUUUGAGCAAGAAAAUGUAAAUACAUAGUGUCUAUAAUGCAUAUUUUUAAAUCUUUCUUGUCUGUUUGUGAGCCUGAGCCUUGAAAUGGGUCAUUUUAAAAGGAUUGGAACAAAUGCUGUACUCAAAUAAGCACAAUGUGUUUAGUCAGCCAUAUCUUCUUUGUGGAUUGGUACUAGUAAGUGAUCAUGCUUGCUUAAAUAGAAAAAAGAAUGUCAGAUAAUUACAAUGUAUCUAAAGAUGCUCAUGUACAAAAUGGGGAAAAUAGUUUAUAAUAAAGAUUGUUAGUUCAAAUACCAAG